GGCCACGGUCGUCAAUCGUCAGUGGUCAGUGGUCAGUGAUCAGUAAUCGGUGAUCAGUGAUCAGUGCCGUAGUGGUGGUCAGUCAGUUACUGACCACGGCCGUCAACUAACACAUUACAGAAAUGUAUACGCAGUUUAUAUUCGUAUAUGGAUUUUAGUGAUUCUAAUAGAUGUUAGGUCUCACUGUUUAGGAACGAGAAACCCUCUUUUAGUCACGUGCGAUUUCCACGUGAGGCAGCUCAUGAAAUCAGAAAUUUUCUCGACAUGAUGAACAUUAGAGUAUUCCUCAUAUUCGCAAGUAUUUUUACCGCCAGCUGUUCCAGCACCGAUGAUCUCGAUUUGGGCACGGUCGUUUUCGCAAAUAUUUUAUAUAGACAUGGUGAUAGAACUCCUGUUGGACGUUACAAAAAUGAUCCUUAUAAUGAAACAUCUUGGCCAGUUCCAUAUGGACAAUUGACAAAUCUUGGAAAACAUCAACACUUACUCCUUGGGCGCUGGCUGAGGAAACGAUAUUCUCAUCUUUUAAGCAACAUUUAUACACCAUAUGACAUUUACGUUCUAAGUACGGAUGUAGAUCGUACAUUAAUGUCGGCGGAAGCGAAUCUGGCAGGACUUUAUCCGCCAGUGAAGGACCAAGUCUGGGACGAUAUCAAAUGGAUGCCAAUUCCUGUGCACACUAUUCCAGAAAAGCAAGAUUAUGUGUUGAAGGCUAGCAAAUACUGUCCGCGAUAUAAUUAUGAACUGGAAAAAGUCUUAACAUCGCCAGAAAUGAAACGCAUAAAUAAAGCGAAUGCAAAGCUUUAUGCUUAUUUAACCGAGAACAGUGGAAAUAAAAUAUCUUCAUUAGAAGAAGUUAAUCAAUUAUACAAUAUUUUAUAUAUUCAGAAUUUAUACAACAAAACUCUACCUCAGUGGACAAAGUCUGUGUUUCCAGACAAGAUGAAACCUCUCGCUGCGCUCAGUUUCACGACAGAAGCCUAUAACAUAAUACUUCAGAGAUUAAAGUCAGGUUCAUUACUUGGAGAAAUAAUAGAUCACAUGGUCAAAAAAGUACAAAAUACUUUAAAACCUGACAGGAAGAUAUGGAUGUACAGUGCUCAUGAUGAAACUAUAGCAAAUAUGUUAAUGACUUUGAAUUUAUUUGAUCUUCACUGUCCACCUUAUGCUGCUAUGAUUCUCAUAGAAUUGAGGACAAAUUCUAAAAACCAAUAUUUUGUAACGGUUUCUUAUAAAAAUAGUACUGCGGAACCAAUACUUAUGACGUUACCAGGCUGUAAUACAUUAUGCCCUGUAAAUGAAUUUAUUAACUUGACAAGAAAUGCUGUACCUGAAGACUGGGAAAGAGAAUGUUUAAUAGCUUGGGAGGAUAUAAGUUCUAGCGACAUUAUUGCGAUCCUGGCGUCGUCUAUAUUAAUGUUGGUUUUAUUGGUUCUAUUAAUAAUAGCUUUUAUAUACUGGCGUCAUAAAAAAGAACAGAGACAGUAUUAUUUUCGUUUGACAUAUAACGAUUACAAUGAUGCCAUAUAAUGAAAUUGGUAAAAAAUAAUAGCAAAACAUUGAAAAAUGUUAAUCAUUAAUUAUUAAUGCCUACAAUAAAAUUGGGCAAGAUAGAUUCUUUUUGCGAUCUCAAGAGAAACAGGAUGAAAUAUUAAAUACAUGAGGGAAACAAUUUAAAUAACAUUUUUAAUUAUACAUUAUAUUUUUAGAAAAAUUUUUUAUGAUGAAUGACAAGAUUUGAUCAUUGACUUUUUUUUAUUGUACUAUACCGCGCAAAAAAAACAACUAUUAGUUUUUAAAAUAAGACUAUAUUUUAUUGUUAAGCGAAUCAUUAUGUGAUAUAUCACUCAUUAGACUCAUUACAUGACUAACAUCGAUUAUUGUUGUCUAUAUUAUAGGCGUAUUUUAAACGUCAGUUUAUUUUCAUAAAGGGAUAUUCAUGAUAUUUCUUUGAGAAUUUUGAUUUGCUUAUUGCAAAAUUUUUACAUAAUAAUAAUUCAUUAGAAACUGAGAAAAAUCAAGUCUGACUAUCAAGAUAAAAUAAUGAUUUAUACUAUAUUCCCUAUUACUUAAGAGAUAUUAAAUCCAAAUAGACAAAUGGAUAUCUCCAAAUUUUUUAGAAUUAUUUCAUUUUAAGACAUAAAAGAGACAAAUAAUCAGGUACUUUUAUAAAGAGAAAAUACAUGUAUUAUGUGAUAAUUGUUAUAUAAAUGUUAUUUGUGAUAUCUCGUUAUAUCAUUAAACUUAAAAUUGUAUGAAUGUACAAUAAACAUGUAGAAUGAUUAAUUAAACAUAUUGUAGAAUACAAUGCGCAAUGGACAAAUUUUGCAGCAAAAAUUUGAAUUGAGAAGAAACAAGAAUUUUUUUUCAUAGAAUCAUUGUGGUUUAAUUAUUAUUGCUACCUGUACAAUACAUGUGAUAUUGCAAUGAUUGUCUAGUCAUAGUGUAUUGAGCUACACCAUGUUCACAAAUUUUUUCUUCAUACAAUACAAUAGUAAAUUGUGUGAAAAGCUAAUGUGUGUGUAUAACACUGCCUAUAAAGAAAUAUUUAGUUGCAGAAAAUCAAUGAGUAAAUAAUAUGAUAGUAAUAAUCUUUCAAAUUACAACACAGUAUAUUUAUAAGAAUAUAUCUUUUUUAUUUUUAUAUAAUAUUCAUUGAAAUAUUGCAAAUACAUAUUGUGGGAUUUGGCAUAUAGAAUAUGUUUUUGUUUUAAAAUCGAGCAUCUUAUAAUAGAUGCAAAUAAUUACGUAUAUAAAAAUAAAAGAAAAUACGUAUUUUAUCUCCAAUUAGAACUAUUUUUGUGAUACUUUAAACAAUAUAUAAAUAGUGUGAUGUAAUUAAUAACAAACUUAUGGAUUUGCUGUCAUACUGAUAAGAUUGCAGGUAUUAUUUAUACAGUAAAUAAAUAUUAUUUUAUAUGCGUAAAAA